GUGUACAUCUUCGUUUUCCACGUCUGUGCUGGAAUCUGGCUCAAAACUAAAACAGAUCAAAAGAUAAUUGGAGUGGGUCUGUAAGACUGCUGUAAACUGGAGAAUAGGUAUCUGACCCAAAAUUGACUUUCCUCUGAAAACUCCUGUAUCAGAGAUGGCACUAAUGGUUUUUUGAAUCGUCAACUUUGAAAACACCUCCUCUCUAAAAAAUUGAACAAACUCUCCCUGCUUGUUUGAUUACAGACAGACUGGAAAGGAAUUUUUUUUGGACUAAGGCAUAAAAAUUGGGCAAAGACCUCUCAGCUUUAUGCUUUCUCCUCUGUUCUCUGUGGCGAUGCAGCUAUAAAUAGAAAAGAGGAGGAGGAAGGCAGGGGAGCAGAGCUCUGAGGAGAGAAUGUGCCAUUUUUAGAUGCUGUGAAACAUUUCAGUAACCUCAUGACGGCCUUUAAAAACGUUGAAAGGUGUGUCUGCUCAAUGUGUUGUAACAAUGAUCCAUGAUAUAUGUAGCCUUAAGGCUUGCUCUGAAACUGCGUCUUUACCUCAAGGACCUGCAUGGAGAUUAUGUCUGAAAUCUGGGGGGGUCCUAUUUCUGCUGGAAGGCUAAGGAAAAAAGAGAAAAAAUGCCUACAGAAAAAAAUCUGCAUUUUAUGAAGAAAAAAAACAGAGAGGGAAAAAAAAGAGACAGAAAUAGCAACAGAAGCAGAGAGAUGCUUGCUGAAUUAUUAUUGGCUGCAGAGGAUGUGUUUAAAAAAGCAGACCAGUAGAGGAAAUCCUGGUGUGAUGUCAUUUUUCUGCUGACUGCAUUUGCACAAGUACUCCUUAAGGGGGCGGGGGUGGGGUGCAGAGGCAGUGAGGAGGACGAGGAGGGAGAGGAAGGACAGGGUCUGAGACAUAAAUAAAGGACGCAGUGCUUGGCAGGAGGCAGAAAGGUAAUCACUCCAUUCCGAAGGCUUAUCCUCUGUGCUGAGAACAGGAAAGAGAUGGAGGACUGGAUCAGUUCACUCAAGUCUGUCCAGUCCAGAGAGCAUUACGAGACAGCACAGUUUAAUGUGGAGCACUUCUCAGGGAUGCACAACUGGUACGCCUGCUCCCAUGCACGACCCACCUUUUGCAAUGUCUGCAAAGAUAGCUUAUCAGGGGUUACAUCACAUGGCCUCUCCUGUGAAGUUUGCAAGUUCAAAGCACAUAAACGCUGUGCAGUCAGAGCCACUAAUAACUGCAAAUGGACCACCCUGGCUUCCAUAGGGAAGGAUAUCAUUGAAGAUGAGGACGGGGUUGCUAUGCCUCAUCAGUGGUUGGAAGGCAAUCUGCCUGUCAGUGCCAAAUGUGCUGUGUGUGAAAAGACCUGUGGCAGCGUCCUCAAGCUGCAGGACUGGCGCUGUCUCUGGUGCAAAGCAAUGGUACACACAGCUUGCAUGGACGUGUACCCUCGCAAGUGUCCUCUAGGUCAAUGCAAAGUUUCUAUCAUUCCCCCAACGGCUCUUAACAGCAUAGAUUCAGACGGUUUCUGGAAAGCCACCUGUCCUCCAUCAUGUGCCAGUCCUCUUCUGGUCUUUGUUAACUCCAAAAGUGGUGACAACCAGGGGGUAAAAUUCCUUCGCCGCUUCAAGCAGCUCCUUAACCCAGCUCAAGUCUUUGACCUGGUUAAUGGUGGGCCACACCUGGGACUGCGAUUGUUUCAGAAGUUUGACAACUUCCGUAUUCUGGUGUGUGGAGGUGACGGCAGCGUGGGAUGGGUCCUCUCAGAGAUUGACAAAUUAAAUCUACACAAACAGUGCCAGCUGGGAGUGUUACCCCUGGGAACAGGCAAUGAUCUGGCACGAGUUUUAGGCUGGGGUCCGUCAUGUGAUGAUGACACCCAGCUACCCCAGAUCCUGGAAAAGCUAGAGAGGGCCAGCACCAAGAUGCUGGACCGCUGGAGUAUCAUGACUUAUGAGAUCAAGAUCCCACCCAAACACCACUGCCCCACCAUGCCUGAGGGAGCCGACGGCUGCCAGUUUCACAUAUCAGCUUAUGAAGAUUCAGUAGCUGCUCUUCUCACAAAGAUCCUCAACUCACAACGGCACUCCGUGGCCAUCUCAUCUGCCAAGAUUUUGUGUGAAACAGUGAAAGAGAUGGUUACCAAAGUGGGCAAAGCUUAUGAGGAAAGGGCGGAAAAUACGGAUGACUGUGACUCGAUGUCAGUCAAAUGUGCCAUCCUGAAUGAGAAGCUGGAGUCUCUCCUGCAGACUCUGGACUCCGACUCAAAGCCUCUGUCCCUGCCAUCCCUCGCCACUCCUCCUAUUGUCGAGGAGGAACAGGAUGAAGAGGAGGAGGCCAGUGAGGAGAGCUUUACUGAGCUAAAGGAAAAGCUGGAGGAGGAGGAGACGGAGAAGGGAGGUGACCAUAGAGAACCCCCACUUCAGCUCUAUAAAAGCAGGGAGCAACUGAUGCUGAGGGCCAACAGUUUGAAGAAAGCUGUCCGGCAGAUCAUUGAGCAAGCUGUCAGAGUGGUGGAUGAGCAGAAUGCCCUCACAGAGGAUACAGAGCUGCCAUCUCCCCUAGAGUUUCAAAAGGACAGCGAGGAGGAGAACAGAGACAGCGAGAAAGAGGAGGACACCAAGGAGCUGGAAGCAGUGUCAUCUGCCAGGAGUCCCUGCUCUCCAACAGAAAGAAGGGUAAACUGCAGUACCCAGUCCUACAGCUCUUUCACCAUCACUCCCUUCACCACCAGUAAGGAGAAUCUUCCCGUGCUUAACACGCGGAUUAUCUGCCCAGGCUUGAGAGCAGGGCUGGCUGCCUCUAUUGCUGGCAGCUCCAUCAUUAGCAAGAUGCUGCUGGCUAACAUUGACCCCUUUGGUGCAACAUCCUUCAUCGACCCUGACCUUGACGCUCUAGAAGGCUACAUGGAGAAGUGUGUCAUGAACAACUACUUUGGCAUUGGCCUGGAUGCAAAGAUCUCAUUGGAGUUCAACAACAAACGUGAAGAGCAUCCAGAAAAAUGCAGGAGUCGAACCAAAAACAUGAUGUGGUAUGGUGUUUUGGGCACAAAGGAGCUUCUACAAAGAACAUAUAAGAAUCUGGAACAGAAGGUCCAGCUAGAGUGUGAUGGUCAGUACAUCCCCUUACCCAGUCUUCAGGGGAUCGCAGUGUUAAACAUUCCCAGCUAUGCAGGUGGAACGAACUUCUGGGGAGGCACCAAAGAGGAUGAUAUCUUCUGUGCUCCAUCUUUUGAUGACAAGAUCCUUGAGGUGGUGGCUGUAUUUGGGAGCAUGCAGAUGGCCAUGUCUAGAGUCAUCAAGCUGCAGCAUCAUCGCAUUGCACAGUGCCGAACAGUGAAGAUCACCAUCCUCGGUGAUGAGGGCGUUCCUAUUCAGGUGGAUGGUGAGGCCUGGGUCCAGCCGCCUGGAGUAAUAAAGAUACAGCAUAAGAACAGAGCUCAGAUGCUCACCAGAGACAGGGCGUUUGAGAACACACUGAAGUCAUGGGAGGACAAGCUGAAGUAUGACAAGCCGCCUCUCAGGCCUCACCUCUACUCUCAGCAGUCCGUGGAUCUGGCAACAGAGGAAGAGGCCACCCUGGUGCAGAGUUGUGCCAGAGCUGCAGAAGAGCUCAUCACAAGAAUAUGUGAGGCUGCAAAGACUAAUGGGCUUUUAGAGCAGGAGCUCGCUCACGCUGUCAAUGCUGCAUCUCAUGCUAUCAACAAAACUCACCCCAAGUUUCCAGAGAGCCUGACAAGGAACACAGCCAUUGAAGUGUCCAGCACUGUCAAGGCGCUUCAUAACGAAACUGAAUCGCUUCUGCUGGGUCGAGUCUCCCUGCAACUGGACCCACCAGAGGAAGAGCAGCUGUCCAAUGCUCUGCAGAGUGUGGAGGUUGAACUGGGAAAACUGGGAGAUGUCCCCUGGCUUUACUACAUCCUGCAGCCUAAUGAUGAAGAGGACCCCUCUCUUGGUUACGGAAAGAGGAACAGUCGCAGCAGUGUGUUUCGUAUUGUGCCCAAGUUCAAGAAAGAGAAGGCAGCCAAGAGGACCAGCCCUCAAUCAGUAGAGAGGUGGAGCACAGAGGAGGUGGGCAUCUGGCUGGAACAGAUGAGUCUGGGGGAGUACAGAGACAUCUUCAGUCGACAUGACAUUCGUGGCUCUGAGCUGCUGCACCUGGAGAGAAGAGACCUGAAGGAUCUGGGUAUCUCGAAGGUGGGUCAUAUGAAGAGAAUUCUCCAGGGAACCAAGGAGUUGGCAAAGGCCUCCAUGGUUGACCUUUAACUUGGGAGAGAACGGCUGCUACAGACGGGAGAGAAGCACCCCUUUUUUCAUGUGACUGAACCUGUUUGGGAGUACUGAGUAAGAGGAGCCUGGCAUUCAAGGGGAAUUUCUAUUUUUUCUAUCUUUCUGCUGGGAAACUUUUUUGAGGCUGUAAAACAAGACAGAUUGUGUGAAUGUGUGCGAGUUUGUGCCAAAAUUAUAUAGUGACAAAAGCUAAGGGGAGUCCUGGAUCCUGAUAACAACAAAAGCCAUUUAUAACUUCAGAGCCGUUCACAGCACACAAUCACAUGCAACCAACUUAACUGAAGAAUAGUUGUUGGAAUUACAAAUUAGUAGCAAAACAAAAACUUCCAACAGUGUUUACUUUAGCAGGGUGAGCUGCAAAUGCAAUAAAGCAUUCGGGCAGCAUCGUGAUUUCCUCAUAAAAGAACAUUUGCAUCAUCGUCAGUGUGAAAGCUGUGCUUUGUUGUCAUCUUAAGUAACUUAAAUUGCAUGGUCAGAGCCAUGAUUUCUUUGCAUGCAAGAAUUAAGCUUGGACAAGUUUUACACGACUAAGGUAUAACGAUGUAAUUUAUUAUUCCUGAAAGCUUUUUUUUGUCCAAAGCCAAUGUUUUUGUUGUUAAGGUGUAAUUUAUUUGGUUGCAUGACAAUGACAUGUCAAGUCUUCCUGUCAAGUGCCAGUUUUUUUAGUCAUGUAGUGUUUUUAAAUGUUUUAUAGGUAGAACAACGACAGUCUUGAUGAGGUUUGAUUACAUGAUAUUAGGGGCUUUAAGUUGGAACUUUGUGGAUGUGAAGGCUAGGACCGCAGGUUAUAUAAAUAGCACAAUGAUAAACCACAUGGAGAAGGGUUGCCAUUAAAGCGGAAAACAUGCAAACUGAAAAUGAUUAUUUAUUAACAAUUUGUAGAGUGCAGGUAAAGGUUUUGUAGCUGUCAUGAACCAGCUAAAAAUGAUAGUUUUUAGCUUUUACUUGAGCCUUUUGAGAUUAGAUGCUUAUUUUACAUGAUCAGAAAGACUGCUCCAGUUUUAGCACCAUGUUUGGUCCAGACUCUGGGUACCAGCAGGAGGCCUGUCCCUGAGCUUCCCUGAGCAUGUCAGAGAUCUGCUCUGGCGCUAAGCUUUGGUGAGGCUUGGGUACAAGUUGAGACAAUAAUUAUGAUUUCUCUGAGCGACAGGUAGCCAGUCCAAAGACCUGAAGACAGGACAGAUGUGACCGUACUUCCUGGUUUUAGUUCGGACCCGAGCAGAAGCAUUCUGGAUGAACUGCAGCUGCUUUUCAUCAACUUUCAUUAGUCUUGUAAGCAGACCUUUUGUCUGAUAGAGAUGAAAAAAGCAGAAUUCUGUUCUUUAAGUCAACUGACAAAGAAUAAUCUGUAUAUAAGUUUGGAGGUCGGUUUUAUGAGAUUAAAACAGUUAAAUAUUAUUCUUUCUGAGAUGGAAACAAGUGUAGUUCUUGCUGGGAUUAAGUGCCAACCACAAAUAUUGCAAGUUAAGGUUUUAACAGUUCUGGUGUGAAUACUCUUGACAGUUACUUCUUUGCCCCAUUGUGCACUUAGGUGGUCAUCUCAGCAUAGUGCCCUUUUUGCAAUUCAACACAAUCGUUAACAUGAUUGCAAACUGCAAAGAUGUGUGGGUUUUCAGAAUUUGUCAGAGCCCUGGAUCUGUAGCCUGCAUCGUGUUGUUCAAAUGUAGCUUCAAUUAAUAACUAUGAUGCUGAUAAAACACAACUUCUACCUGUUUGGAUUAACGAUGUUGACAUGGUAUAUUUCUAUGUCAGAUGCUGAUCUGUAUACAUAUUUUCAUUUCACAUGCAGUAUCCAUCUGUUUGCAGACAAUUUUUUGGCUUUGUAAAACUAAUACGUUUGUUGUUUGCUGACACGGUGUUGACAGUGCACAUAUUAGAUUAUGCAUAUUACACCUUAACAGUUAUGGGUUUUUUUAUCAGUUAUAUGUGAUGGCCUUGUGGUAUUUUAGAGAUGGUGCAAUAUUUGAGCUUUUAUUUUGAUACUUUGAGGUAAAUGUUUGUAGAAAAGUAGUUUCUCAGUGUGAAAAACAAAAUACUAAUUUUUCUGCAUUUAUAGUUAUUAAAGUUUAAAGAUUUUAAGGGUUGGACCAUUAACCACACUACAGUUUGUCAUUACCUUUACUCCUUAAUGCUUCCAAGGUGCUUCCAAGGUAAUUUUAAUGAAUACAGUUGAGCAGACGUAACUGUUGUGACUGUAGCAACUUUUUGUGUGCAUUUGGUGUUUACAUCAGCGGUGAUGUGUAAUCCUAUGUUAUGCAAUCAAAGCAUGUAAGUGAAUUCUAUCUGAACUUUUUUCCUUUUUUUAUUGUAUUUGGUCUUAAAAUGAAUCACAAACCUCCUCAGGUGAACGACAACAUUGUCAUGUAUUUAUAAAAGUUCUCUACUCCCAUAUAAAUGAAGAUGAACACAUUUGCUAAACCACCAUGUUGUUGGUAUGCUACAUUUGUAAAACCACAGGAAUCUUAGAUAAGCAAUAUUUUUGGAGUUUUACAUGUUGUUGUUCACCAAGUGAAAAACAAUCAAAAAGUUAUACUUUCCAGGGCUUGACAUCAAAGUUUCCCACCUAGUAAAACUUCACUGUUUGGAGAACCUUUAGCAAACGUAAGAGAUAGAUUGCAGGUUCUACAUUCUAUGACGUAAACCUGCAUAACAGAACACUGAGAAAAAAGACGGAAAUCUGAUAAACGUAUUUUAAAAGAUUGCUUUUGAAAUGUCGUCAUUUAUCUGAACCACGAGAAAUUGCCUAAAAGGAAACAAGGAAACUAAUCUGAAGUUUUUCUGUGUUUUUCUUUUUUGUUUGUGUGACACUAUGGGAAUAUAAUGACUCCUGUCUUUCACUGGUUUCUUUUCCCUCUGUCCUUAGAUCUAACUGAAUAAAAUGCUCAAAGCAUGCACCAGACAGAGCAUGUGCUGUUCAAGGAAAGCCAGUGUUUCACUGAAGCAAGAGUCAGACAACAAACUUUUUCCAGAUUUGAAUCAGUUUGUUCCAGUGACAUGCGGUGAAGUUGAUGGCUGGUGAGGCACUGACUCCUCUGGAGGCAGAUUUACAAUGAAAGAACUAAAUAUUUCACUAUUCAUCCAACAGCAGGUAACAGCAUAUAAAAUACACACAAGAAGAUAUUUGUCCGACAGAGAAUAUUUCUUUUAUAGACAUGGAUAGAACACUCUUCUUGUGUAUAAAUUAUUAUUAUAACUGUAAACGAAUUAAAGUAUACAGAUUUCAUUUUUACCUUCAUUGACUAUUUCUGGUGUUUUUGCAACUUCAAAUUCUGGUGCUUUAAUCAGUGUUAUCAAAUGUUGUUUGUAAAAAUGAUCAUAAGAAUAAUUCUUUUAUGUCUAAAAUUUAGUUUUCAAAUACUUACAUUAUUUUCCACUUACUCCCAUGUUAUUUUUAAAAAAACAAAAAAUUGAAAACUAUGCUUGGCGUUACUUUUUGAGUCCAGGCGCCAAUCCUUCUCCACAAAAAACUCUAUGAUCCUGUUGUAAAAGUCUUCCUUAUUUUCCUUUAGUUUAAUGAGUAUCCCCCUGUCAAUGGAGAUUAUGGCCAAUGAAGAAAGAUGUCCUUAGUUAGUUCUGUUUCUACUGCACCAGUAAAGCUACAAAGCAGCUGUCAGCUCACAUCUGCCCCCCAGAGAGGCUUGCCUCACCUGCAGCCUUUUCUUCACUCUUACAGUCAGCGUUCUGACUGCACGUCUCUGUUAAAAUUGAGUCCUGCAGUCAAACAAAGGCGAAGCGCUCGGGAGCCUCACCUGGAGUUUCCGCUCCGUCUGUGAUCGCGCGACACUCAAAUUCUGCGAUUUUAACCUCAGACACUGUGGAAAACGUGUCGAGUCAACUGAAAAUGUAUCUUUAACACGGAUCAGUGGAAAAUUAGAUUUACUUAAUGUACUUUUUUUCUAUUUUAUCACAAGGACCAGUGAGCCCGAGCCUCACUUGCCUCACCUGACCAGACGUCACUGGUUUGUUCCAUAGACUUGGAGAGUCAAACCAAAGGAAGGCCCCACUACCACAUCAAAGGUUUUAGACAGGAAGUCCUUUGGUAAACUAACCAACCAAGCCGGGUUAUUCCGUAAAAGAGUAGUAAUGGUAGUCUCUCCCAAUUCAAAGAUUAAGCAGUUAUACAUGGCAAUCUGUGCCAACCAGUUUCAUUGUUCAUUGUUGUUUCAUUUGGAUCAUUGACUCAUUAACUCUGACACUACAGUUGGGGUGAUAAGAGCUCUAGCAAGAAAAGCAUAAAGGUGGGAAUGUGCACAGCCACAUGAUUAUUCUGAUCGUGUUGAAAACGUAUCAUCACUUAGUAUGAAUGAGGAGUCAAUGAUUAAUGGAUACGCGUUAUAAGCUCUUUGCGCGUGUGGAAAAGCGCAGAAAAAUCCAUUACUAUUAUUAUUAUUAUAAGGUUCAGACAGGGUCACAUCUAUAACAUUCCCAUAGUUUGACACAAAACAGAUGUUACGAAAAAAGAAAUGUAAAAAUUGUUAUUUUUGUAAUAGCGGCCAAUGAAAGCUGCAUUAUCAUUUUCACAGUUAAAACUCUUCAAAAAUUUGUUAUCAGGGCCAUGCACAGGCAUGCAUUAUUAUUAUUUCUGCGCUAUUCCCAGUCCUAGAAGAUGAAUCAUGCUGACAGUGAGUUCAUUUUACUUCAGUAGACCACAUCAGAUGCAUGUGUGCUGUUUGCCUGCUGUGUUCUCCAGAGGUAUUUGAAAGUAAUGCAUCAAACUGCAUUGUUUUCAAAUUUAAUGAAGUCCUGGCAAUAAUCUUUAGUUUAGGAACUCAGUAAAUGUGAUCAUCAAAUUGAUGAGACAUUAAUUUGUUUACAUUAUCCUUACAAUGGCACAAUUUUCAUGUAUAGAUAGAUGAUAGAUAAGACACUUUUUGUGUAUCUAUUGUCUAAAAUUAAAUAAUAUACCACGUAUUGUGUAUUUAAUGGAAUAUAAUGUUAAAAAUGUAAUCUGCACUACUAUCUGUAGUACUAAUUUUGGUAAAUUAGUUGGCAAUUUUAUGACUACUAUAAUUGACUGUUUUCUGUGCCUUUCUUUUUGUUCAAAUGCAUGGUUAGCUAUUUAUUACAACUUGGGAUCACUGAGAUGUGUAUUUUUGUAUUUUGGAAUUAUAUGGUUCAUUCCUUUUUUGGUGUACAUUUUAAGGGUACCUUAAAACAGGUUACCUAUUCAUAUUUCUCUUCUUCAAUAAAAAUAAAAAAGAAAUGAAGUUUG